AAUGGUCGGAACUCUUCUUCAGUUUAUAAGAGCUACCCGAGAGGGUAAUUGGGAACUGCAUCUAUCCACAAUGCGCAUAAUGCUUACAUGGUAUUUUGCAUGCGAUCGUGUGAAUUAUUCUCGUCACGGAACAGCGUAUUGGUUUGAAAUGACCAAACUACAAGAAACACACCCAGCGUUGUUGCAAGAUCUGCGUCACCAAUGGACGGUGCAACGCCAGCAGAACUAUGGAUUUUCCUCUGUCGCAUGCGAUAUGACUAUUGAGCAAACCUUAAACAGAGAUUCAAAAACAACAGGAGGAAUGGUCGGAAUUACAUUAAACAGAGGUGCUAUGCAACGAUGGAUUCUAGCUCAAUCCGAUCGUUCUGCAAUCACAGGGAAUGUAUGAAAAUGGCCGGCACCGAUCCAAGUAAAAGGAAAAGAAAAGAACUGGACACUCCACAAAAAACUCGACAUGAGAAAGAUAUCUCCAACAUAGUAAACACGCUUCAAAAUAUGGUAAAUCCUUUUGAUUAGCGACACAGCCGAAAUGAUCCACUUGUCAAGUGGACUAGUUGCAACACCUGAAGUGAAGACUGACCUGCUAAGUGCAAAACAACGAGGAGAAGAAUGC